GAGAGAGCAGUUAUUGUAGCUUCAGAUUAAGUCAAGAGUCAGUCAUCAGCGCUGAUUGCAGACACGCACACCCCCUUUGCUCCGCCUGGUUUCCACCUUCACAAAUUGACGGAGCCGAUGAGAGGCGAAAGCAGCAAUUAUGUGAAAAGUCAACCGCUGCUUGUGGAGGAAGCGUGUGGGCUCCACGUCGUCUCCAUUGUGAGCUGCGAUUAGAAAGCGGCCAGUUUAAGACCAAGAAGCGCAAACACCGCAGUGAUGGCUGCUAACGAGGCUUUAAUUGAAGAGGGAGCCACUGCUGCUGCGGAGCCCCGUCUAUUUAUAGAAACAACACAUGUGCUUCUGACCGGAAAGCUGCAGAGUUUACUCCAUAACUGAGCCUAUACUUCAACAACAUUUUAGAAAAUAAAAUCUGUGAGCCAGUGGGAACGGUGUUUGUUUCAGGGGCUUUGGGGGUUUAAAGAGGAGCCAAACUCAAGAGACAUUUCACCAUGAACCGGGCCUGGGCCUUGUUUCAGGCUCACCCGUACAUCAGCAACGUUCUGGGUUACACGGCACUGUUUGCCUCAGCGGACCUCAUCCAGCAGAGAGUCCUGGGUAGAAAUCCCGCCCCGGCGUCCGAGCGGUCCGCCAGGAUCGACUGGCACCAGACGGCUCGAGUGGCGACUGUGGGCCUGUGUUUCCACGCCAACUUCAACUACCACUGGCUGCGAGGGCUGGAGAGGAUGCUGCCCGGCGGCGGGCUGCGGGCCGUGACGAGGAAAGUGGUGCUGGAUCAGCUGGUAGCUGCUCCGGUUACCAUCAGCGCUUUUUAUAUCGGUUUAAGCUUUUUAGAAAACAGAGAUGACCUACUUGAAGACUGGCGACAGAAAUUCUGGAUGUCUUACAAGGCAGGAGUGGUGUACUGGUCAACGAUGCAGGCUGUGAACUUUGCCUUUGUGCCCCCUGUGGCUCGUACUGCGUUUGUGGGAGGAAUCGCUCUGACUUUCACCAUCUUUCUGUGUCAUCUCAGACAGCAGCGCGGACACAAACCUGACUAAACCUCAGACAUUCAUUUUUAGGAGACAUAUUGUUAAAUACUGGCAUUAACUGAAGCUCAUUUAAGGAGGAGGUUAUAUGUGAAAACCCUGAAAGAAUAACAUUCACACGUUUGUGAAUCAGAUGAUAGUCUCUUUCCAAGUUGUUCACUGUGAUCUGUUUACAAAUAUUAAAUAACUGAAUGCAUAGAUGCCUGAUCUUUGCUGUUCCUGUGGCUUUUAAAUCUAGUAAACAUGAUUUCAUGCA